UGCUAGUAUGUUCCCAGCUUAAGUUGAACCUCCUCCCACCAGUGAACUCAGUGAACAGUGUAUCUACCUACUAUCUAUAUUCAAUAUGGCGACCAAUGUUUGAAACUAUUUACACCGUAUGUGUUAACACAAUCUAAUAUCUGAUGAACAAGGUUUAUGAUGACUGGCGGGAUAGUGAUUAGAAAUAAAAAUAGAAAACAAUUCCCCUGUUGUCAAUAUCAGAAUGGCUGAGAUUCCCGGAGAAAAAAAGAAAUAUGGCGAGAAAGAGAAAAACACCGCUACAUUGUCAAAAAUAAGCAACGCAAUAAAAGGGUCCGAGAAGCUCGAUGUUGAGGGAACUGACCUUCUGGAGCUUCUCAGUCAUCUAGAAGGAGAGCUUCAGGCCCGAGAUGUAGUAAUUGCUGCUCUCAAAUCUGAACAACUAAAGACAGUAUUAUAUGGGUGCUAUAGCGGGCAUGUUAAACAUGACAGCCCCAGCUCUGCACUUCAAAGAGAUAAACAAUUUGUUCCAGAUGCAAAUCAGUUAGAAGAAGAUCUUCAGAUCGCAACCUGCACCGCAGAAUCUCAAAUAGCAGCUCUGCAAAAUGUUAUUGCCCGACAAAGAGUUGCAACUGUUAAAAUUGCGUCUUGUUUGCGCGAAAGUGAACGACAACGAUCUCAACUUGUUCAAGAGUUACAUGAAGAAAAGAGUAAACAUGAACGAGACACAGCCCAGGGUGAUGAUAUAACAUAUGAGCUUGAAAAAGACCGAAUAAGGUUGAAGCAAGAACUUGAAAAUGAAAUCCUAGAGAAGCAACGGUUAGAAGAAGCUGUGAAAGACGCUGCGGCUAGACAAGAAGAAGAGAAAACCAAACAGAAACAAAUAGUAUUAGUUCUACUCUCUGACAGGAAAAAGUUGCACAAGCUCUACCUAGAGGAGAAGAAGAGAAGCGAGGAUUUAGCUCAGAUGUUGCAGGAGGAGAAAACUAGGAUGGAUACCAUGGCAGCUGGACUAGAGGAGGAGAGCAAACGAUCCUUGGCUAUGGAAGCAGAGCUUGAGAAACAUUUAUCACAGUUUGGAUCAGAGCGUCAACAGUUCAAGGAUAAACUAACUGCUGAUGAACGAAGGUAUAGAGACCUAGAAGAUGCAUUAAGAAAGGCGAGGGCGGAUGUUGAGCAUUUUAAGAAACAACUGUCGGAAGCGCAUAGGGUUGCGAUGAACCAGGCGUCUCCUCCUCCUCCCUACCCUGGAAGCAAUCUUGUAACCCAACCUGUCUCCGUAUCUCCUACUCCUCUGUCUACCCUGAACCGACCUGUAGCUACCCAACCCUACUCUACCUACUCCAACUAUUCAACCUACGCCCAGAUCGGUCACGUGAACUCCACCCCUGCCACCUCCAUGGUGGGCGGAACCCAGGGAUAUCCUCCUCAGGCCGGAUCAGUUCCUCGAACCCUCCCCGCCUCAGUCAAUACUAGCCGAGCUACUCAGGGUAACCCAGUGGUAAGAUCCCUAUCAGGAAAUAUCGGAAACCAACCAACAGUAGUUCAACAUAACCAAACAAUUACUCCUAAAUUUCACCCGGUAUAUAUAUUUGAUUAG